GAAAAACGGAAAUGUUUCUAUGAAUAGUAGUAUUUGCAUAACAAGUUUCUAACUCUACUAGAUUUUACACUCCCAAAAUCUUUUUCUCCAAUUGUCAUUGGGAAAUUGCUGGUUUAAUCUGCUUUACAUUUUGUGAAGGGAUGCAAUUGAUAAUUGAGAAAAUGGGUGAUAAUGCGGUUGAUUUGAAAGAUUACAAUGAUCGUGUUGAUGGCGUGAUUUCACGAGUCAAUGGGAUAGAGAAGAAACUUAAUGAAAUAGAGCAGUUCUACUCAAACAACGGUAAAAAACAAGCAAACAACUCAAAAGGCAAGUCUGGCUCUAAGUGCAAAAACAAUGGUAAAGAUAGAAAUGCUGCUCAUAUCAGAAAGGAAGCAUCUGCCUCAGAGCGAAUGCAAAAUCUUAUACAUAAGUUUGGCGGUAUAAUAAAUGAGAUUACCCAGCAUAAGUGGGCUAGGCCUUUUUUGGAGCCAGUAGAUGUGGUGAACCUUUGUUUGUAUGAUUAUUAUGAGGUUAUUAAAACACCUAUGGAUUUUAGUACAAUAAAGAAAAAAAUGGUAGCUAAGAAUGGUAGCGGUUAUAAGCAUGUACGGGAGGUUUGUGCAGAUGUGAGAUUGAUUUUCAAGAAUGCGAUGGUAUAUAAUGAUCAAACGAAUGAUGUCCAUAUCAUGGCAAGAUUCUUGUUGGACAAAUUUGAAGAGAAGUGGCUGAAGUUUUUGCCAAACGUUACAAAAGAGGAAGUAAAACGAGAAGAAGAGAAUGCUAAGGUAGCUCAAGAGGCUACUUACGCCGAAAUGGCAAGGGAAAUGAGCAGUGAGCUUAAUGCCGCCAAUUUGAUGUUGGAUAAACUUAGGGAACAAUUGGUUCAAAGACGCUGGAAAAUGUCAAAGGAAGAGAAAAAGCAGCUAGCCGUAGCCCUUACGCAGCUCUCAGUUGAGGACCUCAGUAGAGCUUUAGAUGUUGUUGCCCAAAGUAAUCCCACUUUCACACCAAAUGCUGAAGAAGUGGACCUUGAUGUCGAUGCUCUGUCUGAAACUACAUUAUGGAGGUUAAAACUGCUUGCAAAAGAUGCAUUACGAGCUCAGAGCAAGCCCGCAACGACUAUUGGCAGUAACAACAACAAUAGAAAGAACGGCCGCAGCAGAAACAAGAAGAAUAAUGUCGAUAUAUCGAAAAUAAAGAAAGAGACCUAUGAUGCCCGUCCGACACCCGCCAAGAAGGGUAAAAUGGCUGCCUCUUAACUAAUUUUUAGCUAUGUAAUGAGCUAAGAUUUGAAGGAUCUGUUAUUAUGUUUAUACCUUGGGAAAGUUAAAAGAAAUUAUAAGAAUUGGUGGUGGUUUACUCGAUUUUUUUAAAAAAAUAAGGUAUAAAGCUUGGGUUGGUUGGUACUGAAUUAUUAGAUGCUUAUUUGUUCCUUUGAACUUAUAUUAAAAAAAAUAUAGUAAAUUUAAUGAAGGAGAAGAUUUUUUUAGUAGUCUCUGUAAAUUAUAAAAAAAUUAUGUCC